AUGCUGUUUAGAAGCGUAUUCCCUCGGCGACGUGUUGAUGUUAUCUUGGUCUGUGAAACGAGUGCUAAUGAUGUCGAAUUGGAAUUAUGCCACCUUGGGUUCAAGAGAAGUGCAGUUAGCGAUCCGGUAUUGAAGCAGCAGCAAAAUAAAAGCUUGAAGAUCAACGCCGGUAUCCCGAAUGGCAUCAAUCUUUCGCUGGACAAUAUCCCAAUUACUACCUACUCCAUGGACUUUGCUGAAAGUGCUGUAUACGCAGUACGGCUAAUUCGCUUUCAAUAUUGUAUGGCCGUAUUCCCCAUGGGCCGUUUUUCUUUGAUGACUUCUCUACUGUAA